CAUCAGUGCAAACUCCAAAACAAGUUCGAGUUGGGCCAUCGUCUCUUCCCGGGGCAGGUCUCGGCGUGUUCUCGACCACGUGGAUCAAAACGGGAACUGAGAUGGGGCCGUUCAUUGGUCGAGUUGUCAGCAGAGAGAAUAUGGACUGCAGCAGCGAAAACGCCUGGGAGAUUUUUGACGACCAGGGCAACAUCUUGCUAUACAUAGACGGGGGGACAGAACAUCCCCGGGCCAGCUGGCUCUCUUAUGUCAACUGUGCCAGGAACGAGCAGGAACAGAACCUUGAGACAUUCCAAGUCGGAAGGAACCUAUUCUACAGAGCCAUCAAGGACAUUCCCCCACAACAGGAGCUGUUGGUUUGGUACGGAGCGUCCUUCAACUUGUAUAUGGGUAUUCCGUCUCUGGGUCACCAUGCGCCAGAGGUCAAGGACGUGUCACCUCAUCAGCAGCAUCAGCAGCAUCAACAUCAGCAUCAGCCGUCCCUCCCGAAACAGACGCCGAUCCCCGCCACUAAAUUAAAGUGUGUGUUGUGCAGGCGGGGGUUCAACUCCAGGAGUAACCUCCGCUCGCACAUGCGCAUCCAUACCAUGGAGAAACCGUUCGUAUGUCGAUUCUGUGACCGGAGGUUCAGCCAGUCUUCCACACUCAGAAACCAUGUCCGUCUACACACAGGAGAGAAGCCGUACAAAUGUACAGUCUGCCAGAGCUCGUACAGUCAGCUGGCAGGGCUGCGCGCGCAUCAGAAGAGCGCGAGACAUCGACCACAAGCCAAUCAGCAGUCACACACGUGACAUCUGAUAUUUCCUUUACCCUAAUAAUAACCACCACCGAAAAGAAAAAAUGUGAAACAUAUUU